UUGCCCGGGCGACGGCAGGCGCGUCGGAACUAGGGCAGCGGCUGCUCGGAGGCGCCGCGCAGUGGACCCGGCGGGAGGAGAGCAUGCGGAGCUGGUGCCUGUGUCAGAUCUGCACGUGCGGGCGACAUCGUUGUCCACAUGGAAGCACAGGGAUUUAUGAAAAUUCUGGCGCGUUUUGCCCAACCACGGAAUAUUUGGAAAAAUAUCCCACGUAUGGCAACGUCCCUCCAGCCCAGAGUCUCAAACCCAAGCCAGAAGCCCUGGCACACGGUGGUAAAAUGGAAGGAAUAACGACAUUUAAAUCGGAUUACCGCCCCUAUGAAGUAGUCCCCCCGCCUCGCCACCUACCAGAAGAAUACAGACCCAAACAGGGGGACAUUGAUCUCGACACCACCUACAGACAGGACUUUAACGCGUAUCCGGCGCACCCCGUGGCGAGAGUCCGGCCCCUGGAGAGACGACACGUGAAGAAAGGGAAGCUGGACACUGUCCCCACCUACAAAGAUGAUUACAGAGCUUGGGCCCCUGAGAAAAGCCACCUCUACAAACCGGAACACGCGUACCACCCCCCGACGGUGAGAUUCGGGAACCCCACCACCUUCCAGGACGACUACGUGCCCCGGGCCGCCCAGCCCCGGCAGAGCUUCAAACCGGGGGCCGCGGCGCCCCUUUCCACGGCCCCUUUCCACGGCGACACCAGCCACCGCCUGGACUUCGUGCCUUAUGAGCUCGAACCCAAGCCUGCGCGGCCGAAACGCCCCUACAAGCCCAGCUCCCAGCCCUUCCAGGGUCUCACCACGCACCGCUGCGCCUUCCGGGGGCUCCUGGGCUCAGCUGCAAAAGCCUGCAGGCCCCCCCGCGCCAGGGGGCCCCCCGACCUGCCGUUUGAGGGGCGCACCGAGUUCCGGGACAGCUUCCAACCCUGGGAGAUGCCACCCCCCCACGUCAAGCCGGUGCCAGCCUACGUCCCGCCGGCAGGAGCCAUGCAGCUGCUCACCACCAGCCGCCGGGACUACCAGGUGCCCCGCCAGGCCCCCCGCGCGGCCCCCAUCCGGCCCGCGUCCCAGCGGAGAAAGAAGUUUCCCUUCCAGGGGCGAAGCACAACCCAGGAGGACUUCCCGGAGUGGGAGGCCUGCCGCCCCCGGGAACCCGUGAGGCCGCAGCAGCAGAUGCCCGGCCCCUCAGGGACGUUCGACGGGGUGAGCACCUUCCAGUCCCACUACGUGCCCCACCAGCUGGCGCCCACGGCGAGCUGCAAGCCAGCCCAGGCCGCGGUGCGGAGCUCCAGUCCCUUCGACGGCGUGACCUGGUACUCCGCCGAGUUCGCCCCCAAGGAGCGGGAGGUCUGCCCGGCCAGCUACCCCUCCCCUCCGGGGUACAUCUUCGACACGACCAACUCCCGGGGACACAAGUUCUUCCGCAAGAUCGCGCCCGCCGCCUCCUCCGGGCAGGCCUCCUAGCGUGCCCGCCUCCCAGCCCGCCUCCCAGCCGAGGAGGAGGCUGACUCCGAGGAUGUGGCGCUGUCUAAAGUCAGAAAAAAAAAAAUGCAUGAGAGCUAACGCAAAUCCUCGUGAAGUUUUUAAAUCAAGAAAAUUGGAAAAUCGCCCAACAGGUGUGGCUCAGUGGUUGAGCAUCGACCUAUGAACCAGGAGGUCACGGUUUGGUUCUGGUCAACGGGCA